AUGCUGACCUUCUCCAAGGCUUCGCUAGCACUUCUACUCUUCGCUACUGCCACGGUUUCUUCGGACGCGGACAACCUUCGUCACGAAUCGCGUCAACUUGCAGCAACCUACACUAUGACGAGUCAGUACGCCUCUGGAAUGCUGUCGCUCGUGAACGCGCAACGAGCUGCUUAUGGUCUCUCGCCUCUCUGCUUGAACACCAAGCUCAUGGCCGCUGCAAUGCGCCACUCGAAGGACAUGGCUGCCUACAACUUCAUGAGCCACACGGGCUCCGACGGAUCCACGAUGUCGUCCAGGAUCGAUGAUGCUGGGUACAUGUGGACCAGGGCAGCGGAGAACGUCGCGGCCGGCCAGACGACCAUCAGCUCCGUCAUGACGUCGUGGAUGAAUUCGGCGGGCCACCGGGCCAACAUCUUGGGGGACUACACCAUGUUCGGCACCGCGUACGCCUACAACAGCGGCAGCAGGUACCGUCACUACUGGACGCAGGACUUUGGCAAGGGCAGCACCGAGAGAUGCAGCUACGAAGACGCCGAGUACAACGAAACGUCGACUGCUAAUUCGACCGAGUCAGCUGAGGUUUCGUAUGAAGACUUGGAGAAAGGAGCCACCGCUCUCAUCCCAGCGGAGAGCGCUACCGCUGUGCCAGCGUACAAUGCAACCCAGUAG